AAAGAAUUCUAAGGUUCAUUUUUUCUUUAGCGGAAAACGUCGUAAGUUUUGAUCCGGGCUACGAUGGAGGAGAAAAAAGAUUGUCAUCACAUCCUAGAAAUCAACUUGGUUUCCGCCCAAGAUCUAAAGAAGGCAAACAAAGAGCAAACACAACAAACCUACGCAGUGGUUUGGGUGGAUGAUUCGUCCAGGAAAUUAAGAACUCGAACCGACUGUUUCGGAGGCGAAAACCCUACCUGGAAUGACAAGUUUCUGUUUCGAGUUUCAUCGGAGUUCAUCUACAGCGCCACCGCUGGAUUCAACGUGGAGAUAUACAAUGUGGGGCGGCUUCACUUCACGAAGGAUUCCCUUGUCAGAACCGCCAGAUGCCUGCUGAGUAGCUGUCUUGGGAAUUUGAUCACCACAGUUCACGUCCACCGUCCCUCUGGAAGGUUCCAGGGAUUCUUGGACGUUGGCGCCGGGCUUUGUGACAAGGAAAACGUCGGAGCUAAUUUGGUUAUACUACUGAAAGAAUCUUCGGUUGUCAACUUUCACGAAUUGAGUCAACCUAAAUCUCAAUUCAAAGUGGAGGAGGAGGGCAGCACCAAAAGUAGUAGUAGCUUGUUGAAGAAGUUAAGGUUGGUCAGAUCGUCGCCGUCGUUGUCAACCAUGUCAGAGCCGUUGACCAGAUCGGAGGUUACAGCUACGAUGAAGACCGUCAAAUCAGAUUCUUCGUUGAAGUCAUUGGCAUCAUUAUUAUCUCUAUCAACUCUGUCCGAUGACGAUUAA